CGUUUCAUCCGGGUCUGUGUUUGUUGCCUAACAACCACACAUGCUGUGGAGUCUAUGAUCAACAUUGGUUUUGCAAGUAGCUAACAGGCUAUAAAGUGUUCAAGACAUUGCUGUGAGUAAAACUUAAGCCGAGAGGCUCAUCAUUAAUAUAAAGAUGUCACAAACAAAGAUAAUUGCGAAGCCACAAAAGGACAGGAAGGAAAGAAACGACGCUUUUACAACCAAGGCAAUGAAAAAGGGAUGCCAGACAAAUGUUGGCUUUCCUCCACCGGCUGGUGCUUUUUGGGAAAGACACAGCUCAAAACCUACUUCAUUUCGUAAGUUCUAUGAGAGAGGAGACUUCCCAAUAGCAUUAGAACAUGACACAAAGGGCAAUAAGAUCGCGUGGAAGGUCGAGAUUGAAAAACUAGACUAUCACCAUUACCUUCCCCUGUUUUUUGAUGGAUUACGUGAGACGUCUCAUCCUCACGAGUUCUUUUCCAGACAAGGAGUUCAUGAUAUGUUGGAGCAUGGAGGCUCAAAAAUACUGCCUGUUAUUCCUCAGCUUAUCAUUCCUAUCAAAAUGGCCUUGAACACAAGAGGUCCAUCAGUUGUAUGUACCACAUUGAAAGUGCUACAGCAUUUAGUUGUGUCAGCAGACAUGGUCGGCGAAGCACUUGUGCCUUACUACAGACAGAUCAUGCCAAUCCUCAAUAUAUUCAAAAACAAAAAUGUGAACUCUGGUGACGGUAUUGACUACAGUCAACAGAAGAGGGAAAACGUGGGAGAUCUUAUCCAAGAAACACUGGAAUCCUUUGAGAGACACGGUGGAGAGGAUGCUUUUAUUAAUAUCAAAUACAUGGUUCCAACAUAUGAAUCCUGUAUGCUAAAUUGAUUGGUUUCAACUGUACAAACAUAAAAUAAAUACCUGUUAUAUAUGGAAGACAUUUGAUAGCGUUGCAAACUUCUUACAAAGGCUUUUGAGUCUACUUGACUCAGUGAAGUUUACAUGGAUACUUUAACAUACCAAGUGUCAAAGAUCCUUCCAAGUUUCUACUCUACUGUUCAGGAAAAAGGCAAAACUUUUAAAGACAACUAGUCGUUAGGAAUAUGUUUGUGGAAAGAUCUUACUGUGAUAUAACAAGCAUCGUUUUGUUUGCCAGAGAAGUUUGUGCAAAAUCUAAAAUGGAUGUUUUAUGAUGAACACUUAGCCAAAGUUUCGCCUUCACCCUGUGGUAUUAUUUGUGUUGAUUCAUAGACAGAGUAUGUCCUCUUUGUUUUCAGUUCAGGGUUGUACAGUUAAACAGAAUUGUAUCAUCAUUCAGAUCAUGCUACUGUGAAGUCGAAGUCCUGCUUUAUUUUGUAUAUAAAACUGUAAAUAUCUACAAGAGUUUCUUGUCAUCAAAUGCAUUCAAAUACUUUUGACAAGUAAGUUAUGUACUUGAAAACAUUUGUUGACAAAUUAUUUUGAUAAUAAUUUAAAGUUUCAUUGAUCUUAAAGGCAUCAGCACAUGUUGUAUAGAAGUUCAUAUAUUUAUAUAUAUAACUUCAACCUCUUCUGUAAAGUUAAUUAGAUAAUUCUGUACUUCUCUCUUUGUUCACACCUAGACGUUGAGCUCCCACUUACAAAUCAGGAACACUUGGAGUGGUGUGAACAGAUGCAAUUGUUAUGUCAUGUUCAUGUGUUGACACCGCCAUACUCAUCAUAGGACAUGAAUGUAUGAUACUUAGUACAGACAAGCUUGCUGGUGAUACAAUUGAUGGUAUAUUAAACAUUUAUUAAUAUG